AAGCCAGACGCACCAGUCGGACCAAGAACGGUGUCAAGCACCGUGCAAACAGAAACAGAAGAAAGAAAAAAGUGUGAAGUGUGUGAACGUACGGUUCUAGAAUGCUGACACAGCUUUCGAUCCCAAUCAGGAACAAGGACAGGCCAGAUACCCUUCGUCCUAGGUCCGACCGGAGUCAUUCGCUUAUCCCCCCGCGGGUUUAAAAUUAAAACGGUUCUAAAUCCGAACGGGUCGACGGCCUUACAUGUCAAUCCUUAAUAUUUUAAUUCGACGGAGCCUGAAACAUCUCUGAGGAUCUCGAGCCCAACAAAUCCCAAGAAGUUGCCUUUGAUUACAGAAUGAACUCGACCUCUUUCGACGAAACCCUGUUCGACUGGGCCGAGUAUUCGGUCUUCAGCCUGAUGCUGGCCACGUCUUCAGUGAUCGGACUCUACUUCGGCUGCUUCAAGCAGCAGGACUCCGUCUCGGAGUACCUACUCGGUGGAAAGCGGAUGGGCAUGGUGCCUGUGGCCGUCUCACUCGUCUCGAGCUAUAUAUCUGGCGUGACACUCCUCGGCGUCCCGACGGAAAUUUACACAUACGGGACGCAGUUUUUCCUCGCCAACGUGACCAACGCGUUCGUCGGAGGCGUGACGGCGACCCUUUUCCUCCCCGUUUUUUACAAGCUCCAGCUCGUCUCGCUGUACGAAUACCUGGAGAGAAGAUUUAAUUAUAAAAUCAGAGUUAUCGCAUCACUGCUGAACGCUUUAUCACUGAUAACCUUUGUACCGAUUGUAAUAUACGGACCAGCACUGGCAUUUAACCAAGUGUCUGGAGCGAAUAUACAUAUAAUAACUGCCGUCCUAUGCGCCGUUUGCAUAUUCUACACCACUUUGGGUGGCUUACGAGCUGUAGUUUGGACGGACACCCUUCAGGGAUUUCUGAUGCUUUGUUCUGCCAUAGCAGUCCUCGUCCUAGGGUUCAACAGCGUCGGGGGCUUCACGAAGGUCCUCGACGCUGCUCAAGAAGGAGGAAGGAUCGAGUUCUUAGUAAUGGACCCUGAUCCUACGUUGAGGAUGAGCUUCUGGUCGGUGACUUUCGGCCUUUUUUUCACCUGGACGGCCCAGCUGGCCGUGAACCCCGGAGUCGUCCAGAGGUUCAUAUCCGUCUCAUCGUACCGACAGGCGUACCGCUCAAUUAUUUUAAUGACGAUAGGGGUCAUCAUAUUCGCCAUACUUUCAAUGACUCUCGGCCUUGUGAUGUACACCGCGUACCAGUCUUGCGAUCCUUUGACGGCUAAGAUUAUAUCGAGGAGAGAUCAGAUCCUUCCGCUUUUCGUCACAAACGUGGCCAAGCAAGUGAGAGGUCUUCCUGGAUUGUUCAUAGCCGGCAUUGUGAGCGCGGCUCUCAGCACCAUGUCGACGAGCCUGAACACGAUAGCCGGCACUGUGUUCGAGGACUUCAUCUCUCCCUUUUUGCCUCCAAAGAUCAGGGAAGAGUACGCCGGGAAGAUCAUGAGGAUCAUAGUCCUCGUGACCGGCGCCAUAUGCGUCCUCAUGGUCAUGGUCAUCGAGAACAUGGGACAAAUUCUCGAGAUGGCUUCAAGUUUCGGAGGUGUCACGACAGGAACAUCGCUUGGGAUCUUCAUCCUCGGAAUUCUUUUCCCAUGUGCCAAUACACCUGGUGCCUUUGUAGGUGGGUUGUUCAGUAUAAGUCUGAUGACCUGGAUCAUGGCAGGUAAUCAAGUGGCAGCUGUCAAAGGACUCUUGAAGUAUCCUGUCAAACCGAUGAGGGUAGACGGCUGUCAAAGCUUCGUAAAUUUAACCAGCAUGGCCAGCGUGGAAGCCGUUGAACAGGUAUUCUGGCCAUUCAGGAUUUCUGUUUUUCACUACGGUCUCAUCGGCUGUUUGAGCGUCCUAGUGAUCGGCAUCCCCGUCAGCCUCCUGACACCUGGAAUCAGGCCGAAGACGAACCCCGAACUCUUUUCGCCUUGGGUGCGCCGGUGGCUCCCUGAGGAUGGCGAAACCUGCAGCAUCCCCCUGGAUGAACAGCACACCGAGUACAAAACAGCCUAAACUUCCAACCUAGAUUAUUUUUCUACAUUCUUUUUAUACGAGACGUUGAAGAGAUUGUGUACUUAUUUUAUACUGUUGUUUGAAAUAUAUUGUUAACACUA